GCACAUACAGCAAAAUUGAUUUACCUAUUCCAAGAUGCAGUUGUUAGCUGCGAUUCUGGUGCUAGUCCUGGCCAGCUUGGCCCACGGCAGACCCACUUUCGAUAAGAUUGCGGAUCUUCUGUUUGGCGCAAAGUAUUCUCCACCAGUUGAAUCAUAUCCUGGUCCUGGUCCAGUUCCAGGUCCAGGUCCAGGUCCACUCAUCCACGAGGGCUACCAGCAGGGCUACGACUACCACUAUGGAGGAGGCUACGGCUACGGCGGCUACCAGCAGUCGCAUCCAGCUGGCUAUGGAUACUACCCACCACGUCCGGCGCCACCGCCAAGUGCCUACUAUCCAGCACCUCAGCCUGGCUACAGGCCACCUGCCACCUAUGAUCUUUAUGGAGGCGGAGGUGGCUACAAGCAGCGGGGUUACUAGCGUUCAUCCGUCCGAUCAAUCCCCCAAUCCCAUCCAAUCAUCUGCUGUCUCAUUUGUUUAUGUGUAAUUUAUUAAAAUUGUUUUAAUUUCCAUC